AUAACAUAAUAUACCAUUAUCAUUACAUCAUUUCUAACUAUAUAACACUUUUCACCUCUUUUUUACCCUAUUCUUUUCAAGCAAAAAAACUCAACCAUGACAGAAACAGAUUCAGAUACAAAUACAAAUACAACUCUCUUUUUAUAUAAUUACCCUAUCCCUAUUCUUCUCAAUUCAGUUAUUAACUUGUUCAAGAAAAAUAUUCAAUCUCUUCUCAAUCUAACCACCGUCACUACUGCACAAUCUCACUCAGUUUCAGUUUCUCGUCCUGGUUUGGCUCUCGUUACUACUAUCAUCACCGAUAAGAUUCCGGUUCCGAAUGUUCUUGAAUCAACCACUAUGUUAAAUUUGAAGCUAAACAAUAAUGAGAAUUCUCGACAUCCGUCACGGAUUGGAUUUGUUUCCGGUGAUGUUGAUGGAUUGAUGUCUUGCACUGAAAGUCUUGGAUUCGAGAGUUGUGAUGAGAGGAGAGUUUGUGAGAGAAUGAAUAUGAAUAUGAGGAUGAAUAGUGAUGAGAAGGAUGAGAGUUGGAGGAGGAAGAUUACGAUGAAAAGAGGUGAAAGUAGAGGAAAUUCGAUGAGGACGUUUCCGCCGCCGAUUCCGUCGUUGAAUCGGAAUGGUAAGCCUAGUUUUUAUCUGAGGCCGGUGAGGAAAGACGGGAGGUUGGAGUUAACGGAAGUUAGAAUACACCGACCGGAUAUUCUUCAUGCUUCGCGGCAUGAUGGACGGUUGACAUUGCAUCUGAUUCCAGAUCGAGACAGUGAUGAAGAAGAAGAAAGUGAAGAAGAAGAAGAAGAAGAUGAUGAAGAAGUUGAAGAGGUUGAGGAAGAAGAAAUUGAAGAGGAGGAGGAAGAAGAAGUUGAAGAUAUGGGAAUUCCUAUGGUAGUGGGAAAUAGUAAUGAAGGGGUAAGGAGGUGUCAUGAAAUGGUGAAUCAACAACAUCUUCUUGUUCAUGGGAACCAAAUUCGAAUGUGUGUGUGAUAUUUUAGGAAAGAGUUAUGUUUUCAAUUUUCUACUAUUUAUUUAUUAAGAAUGAUCAAAUUUUUGAAGUAUUGUUUAAGAGAGAAAAUAAAAAUUGAACAUAUUAGGCUAUGUUUCCUUUUGUUGAUUUCAUUAACAUGUAAAUAAUAUUUAUGAACUUGUUAAGAUUACUUUGUUAUAUUGAUUGGCCAAGUAUGUUAAAUGUGACAUGGACGUAUACGAGGUUCUAAGUUUGUGGACAAAAUGGUUAGAAAUUGGAUAGGGAACUUUCUCAUGGAAGAUUAAUUAUAGAUAAAAUAGAUGAAUACUUUAUACCAAUAAUAUGGGUAAAAAAAAUGGACAAUUUAGAUGAGUUGGUUGUUUUUUUUUUUAUUAUUAAGUAAGAAAGUAACAUGUUGAUCCGUCAGGUGAGACACUUUACAUU